AUGGCUUGGUCCUGGUUGCUCGCGUGUUCCGCGUGCUUGCUUUGGACGGUCAGCUCCUCCGAGCCGGCGCGCGAGAAACUGCCCGCUCAGGCGUAUGACACCUGCCAGGGACGCACCGAAGAGUGCGACCUGUCUUUAUCGCAGCUCCGAGCGGACAAGCUUGCGCGCGCGAAAGGGGGACAGAAGACCCCGGAGCAUUCCCGGGUAGCGAACUCCGCAACAUCUGAGGAGGCCGCGAGCAAGAGCGAGAGCUCUAGGUACUCGGGCUUGGCGCAUGCUGGAACCGGGACACUGGCAGAUGGUGAGAGGAAGUCCGGUCAACAUGGUUGGAUGUUGUGGAAGCAUGACCCAAGUGACUCUUUGCCGGCGGAGAUGAUGCACGCCCUGGACGACGGUACCGGAAAGCUGCUCGCCUUUGCCGCCUCGGGGCUGUUCUUGGCAGUGUGUGCUCUCAUCACGGAGCUACGAAGACCGCUAGACAUGCGUGGCUGCGUUACCCUGGCAUGCCUCGCUUCAGUCUUCUUCGGGUUUGACAACUUCUUCGUGGCCCAUGCCGGCAACGUCUUCCAGCCGGUCGAAUACAUGUCUGCCAUGCUUCUCAUGGUGGGCAUUCUCAGCGCGCUCGGAAGCUUGCUGCUCGCCACCUGCUGCGAAAGCUUCCGGAGCGAGGUCAAGCGCUGCACAGCGGAGAUCUCGACUGUUCAAUUGGUUUUGCUUCUUUGCAGCGGGGCCUUCAUCGCAUUGGCCCAGACCUGCGGAUGCUUAAGCUUCUCCUUGGACGAGGCAAACUCCGGGCCACACCAGUCUGUUGUGGUUGCCAACGUUCCCCUCGUGGGCUUGUUCUUCUACAUCUACAGCAGAGAGACUUUGUCAAGUCAGCAGAUCAUGGGAUGUUCUCUGAUCAUGGCGGGUGUCGUUUACAUGUCUGGCCUCUUGUCCAGGCCGGUUCAUGGUCAGUCAGUCCUCCAAGAUCGAUCCUUUCUGUGGAUAUGCGUGUCCUGCGUCUUCUAUGCUGCCUCCAUUGUCACCAUCCGCUUAGCCGGCGAUCUACCUGCUCGUCCGAAAGCAGCCAGCAUCAUGUUCUUGUCCGGCCUGCUAGGUUUCACACUGCUCCGACUACUUCCGUCAGAAGCUAGCUUCCUGUUUCUGCGCAGUCCUGCACAUCUAGUCUGGCCCUUCUUCAAUGCGGUGGCAUCCAUGUUGGGGCUAUUCUCAGUCGUCUUGUCCUACGAGGUCCCCGACUGCAAGGCCGCCCUUGCCACUGCAAUUAUCGACAGCAACUCGGUGCCGAUGUGUCUACUGAAUUAUUUCUUGCUUGGGAAAAUGCCGGAGAUGUCCGAGCUUAUCGGAAUGGUCAUGGUGCUGCUCGGCUGCUCUGUGGCGUCUCUGACCGAGACUCGGAAAUCUGAGGCCCAAUGA